AUAUUCUCACCCUUCUUAGGUUUCACACCAACACUUUAGAUUUUCUCUUGCAUCACAUUAAUUAUUCUAGCCGACCUAAUUUUUGUCUCAAUCACUAUAUAUAUAUUUCUCACAAAUUUAUUGCAUGCCAAAAAGAUAUAUAAGAAUUUGAUCAGAGAGAUCAAGCUGGAUCAUCAUAUAUAUAUGGAUCAUAUGGAUAUGGAUCCAAGAAUAUGGAGCGGGUUACCGGAUCAUCUACUGGAACGGGUCCUCUCCUUCUUGCCCCUGAAAACAUUCCUCAGCCUCCGAUCAACCUGCAAACACUUCAAAUCCAUCCUAUCCUCACCUCUCUUCAUUUCCAAACACUCUUCUUCUCUCUCCUCUUCAUCAUCUUCUUCUCUCUCUUCUUUCAUCCUUCUCUCACAUCCACAGUUCCCUCAUAACAAAUACCCUCUCUACAACACCGUCACAAACUCGUGGUGCCCCGUCUCGCUUUCGAUCCCUUCGUCGACCCUCAAAUGCUCCGGUAAUACUACUCUUCUUACUUCUUCCAACGGCCUCCUCUGCUUCUCCGCCCCGGAUUCGUAUUCCUUCGUCGUGUGCAACCUCUUGACCAAGUCGAUACGACACGUGAAAUACCCUUUCCGCCCUUUUGCUUUCGAGCUCCUCACUCUCGUGGCGGUCCCCACCGCACCGAAUAAUAAUAAUAAUAAUAUCGCCGCAUACAAGCUAUUCAUGCUUUCGUCGUCCGCGGCCGCGGCCGCCCUAGUCUACGACUCGGAGGCCGGCGCGUGGCGGGAGUACGCCGCCGGGGGGUCCGCGGCGCUCAACGGGACACGCCACCAAAACGGGGUUUUCUUCGACGGGCGGGUCUUUUUCGCCACGUCGCGGCCGUUCAGCGUCGCGUGCUUCGAUUUGGAGAUGGGGAGUUGGGAGAGGUCGGCGUUAGGGUUGUUACCACCCGGGGGUGGGGGCGAUGAGGUGGCGUUCGCGCGGUUGGUGAGCGAUGGGGACCGCAGGAUGUACCUGGUUGGUGGAGUAGGAGUGAGCGGGAUAUCGAGGAGUGUGAAAGUGUGGGAGUAUAUAUACGAUCGAGAAGAUGGUACGAAUCGGUGGGCGGAGGUCGAAACGUUGCCGGAGAUGUUGUGCAAGAAAUUUUUGUCGGUGUGUUAUCAUAACUAUGAGCAUGUGUAUUGCUUUUGGCACAAAGGGUUGAUUUGUGUGUGCUGCUACACUUGGCCGGAGAUUUUGUACUAUAAGGUGUGCAGGAGGACUUGGCAUUGGCUGCCUAAAUGCCCUUCUUUGCCUCACAAGUGGAGUUGUGGUUUCAGAUGGUUUUCCUUUAACCCUCAGCUUUAUGCUAAUGUUUAAUUUUUAUUUACCUCUUUAUUUUUUUUAUUUUUUUUCCAUGCCUAAAAGUAUCAUGAAUUUAUUGCUUUGGUUGUUGUGUAGUUUGGUUGUAUGUUUAUUUGGUGAAGUUUAUAUGAUUAUAUUGUAACAUAUAUAUACACGUUUAU